GAGAAGUUGCUGUGGAUUUUAUUCUCUGGUUUUUUCCGUGAAGAGUGCUUAAUUAGGAGCAAGAUGAAGGUUGAAACAAGGUCUCAAACUCAUGGUCAUGGUCAUGCAUCCGCUGAUGAAGCCAAAGUGAUGACAAGAAAGCAGAAGGCAGAGCAGAAGAGCAAUGAAGGAGAGCAAGCUCCAAAGAAGGCUAAGCAGGAGAAUGAGAAUGGCCACCAUAAUGGGAAGUCUUCAGAUGAUGUAGAUGUAGAGUUUGCUGAAUUCUGUAAAGCCACAUCUGAGCACUUAUCAGUUGAACAAAUGAGAGAGACACUUGAAGCUAAUGACCAAGAUUCUUCUGGUUCUGACGUUCAAGUUGCCUCUAGAUGCCAAGAUAUGAUGUUUUUUGGGCCAUUGGGGACGUGCCCAAUUUGCAGCUGCAAUUUGGAUUUUGAUGGUGAAAGCUACUUUUGCAAAGGGUCCUAUAGUGAGUGGUCUUCCUGCAUCUUUAGGACAAGAAGCCCACCCAGGAGAAAGGAACCAACCAAAUUGCUAGAUUCUGUUUUAAACUCUCCUGUGUCUGAUUUGGUAAAGAAAUAUCAGGAUCCUAGUGGCAGACCUGACAAGAGUUCACGCACCUCAGACAAACCAUUAUUGGGAAUGAUGAUUUCCCUCAUGGGCCGUCUUACUCACAAACAUCAAUAUUGGAAAUCAAAGAUAGAAAAACAUGGCGGGAAGGUUGCUAACUCCAUCCUUGGUGCAACUUGCUUGGUUGUUUCACCUGCGGAGAGAGAUCGUGGUGGCUCAUCCAAACUGGUGGAAGCAAUGGAAAGGGGCAUACCAGUGGUCAGUGAAGCUUGGUUGAUUGAUAGUAUAGAGAAACAAGAAGCCCAGCCUCUAGCAGCUUAUGAUGUGGUUUCAGAUCUUGCGGUUGAUGGCAAAGGAAUUCCGUGGGAUAAACAAGAUCCUAGUGAAGAGGCACUUGAAUCCUUGUCAGCAGAAAUCAAGCUAUAUGGGAAGAGGGCAGUACACAAGGAUUCCAAACUGCCAGAGCGAGGUGGGAAGAUUUUUGAGAAAGAUGGGAUACUCUACAACUGUGCAUUUUCCCUUUGUGACCAAGGGCGAGGAUUGAAUGAGUACUGUAUCAUGCAACUAAUCACAGUACCAGAGAGCAACUUGAAUCUCUAUGUCAAGAAAGGGAAAGUAGGUGAUGACCCUAAUGCAGAAGAGAGAGUGGAGGAAUGGCCAAAUGAGGACAAUGCUGUGAAGGAGUUUGUUAGGCUCUUUGAGGAAAUGACUGGUAAUGAGUUUGAGCCAUGGGAAAGGGAGAAGAAGUUCGAAAAGAAACUAAUGAAAUUCUAUCCAAUAGAUAUGGAUAAGGGAGUUGAUGUAAGAUAUGGAGGGCUUGGUUUGAGGCAGCUCGGAGUUGCAGUUACACAUUGCAAACUUGAACCAUUAGUUGCAAAUUUUAUGAAGGUUUUGUGCAGUCAAGAGAUCUACAAGUAUGCUCUAAUGGAGAUGGGACUUGACGCCCCUGAUCUGCCAAUGGGGAUGCUUUCUAGUGUCCAUUUAAAAAGAUGUGAGGAGGUUCUGUUGGAGUUUGUUGAGAAGGUAAAAUCUAUGAAGGACACAGAUCAAAAGGCUGAGACUAUUUGGACAGACUUUAGCAAUAGAUGGUUUACUCUGAUGCACUCUACUAGACCUUUCAUCUUCAGGGAUCUCUGCGAACUUGCUGAUCAUGGUGCUGCUGCAUAUGAAACUGUUCGAGAUAUUGUCCAUGCCUCACAUAUUAUAGGAGACAUGACUGGUGAUACCCUUGAUGAUCCACUGUCUGAUAGAUACCAGAAAUUGGGAUGUUCAAUUUCUCCUUUAGACAAGGGUUCGGAUGACUACAAGAUGAUUCUCAACUACCUUGAGAAAACUUAUGAACCUGUUAAAUUUGCAGAUAUUGAAUAUGGAAUAUCAGUUGAUAACAUCUUUGCUGUUGAAGUAAAUGCCGGCCCUUCCUUGGAUGACCUAAAGGAAAUUCCAAACAAAGUGCUCGUUUGGUGUGGUACUCAAAGCUCAAACCUCGUAAGGCUUGUCCAUAAAGGAUUCUUGCCAGCAGUGUGUUCCUUACCGGUUCCUGGUUACAUGUUUGGGAAGGCAAUUAUUUGUUCUGAUGCUGCAGCAGAAGCUGCUAGGUAUAGCUUCACUGCCGUAGAUAGGCCAGAAGGAUUCUUGGUCCUGGCUGUGCAAGCUCAUGGGGAUCAGGUCACUGAGCUCAAGAACCCACCUGAGGAUACAAAGUCACUGGAAGAGAAGAAACAACCUGUUAAGGGAUUGGGGAGGAAGAAAACAGAUGAAUCAGAACACGUGGUUUGGAAAGAUGAUAUCAAAGUUCCUUGUGGUCGUUUGAUCGCCUCAGAGCACAAGGAUAGUCCGCUCGAAUACAAUGAAUAUGCUGUUUAUGAUCCAAAACAUGUGAGUAUAAGGUUCUUGGUGGCAGUGAAAUUUGAGGAGAAGAGUGCGGUGAUGGACACUGCAGAAUGAAGAAAGAAAUGAGAGCCAAGGUGGGUUUCUUGGAUUGGUGGUCUCUGCUGUUUUGCUAACCUAAAGUGUGGAUGGUGAGGGAGGUGAUUUGGCAAGGAGGAUAUGUACAGGGAUAGCGAUGGACUUUUGUUGUACAAAAUCAUCUCUAACAUCUCUGUAAUGGGCUCCUCCUCCUCAGGAGUCUGUGCCCUUCUCUUUCGUACCUUCCCUUUAUCGGUAUAAUAGAUAGAUGUCCACAUC